AUGUCUUCCUGGACAAAGUCGGCGCAAUGGAUCUGGACGCCCAAGUAUCGCGAAGAGGACAAUCAUACUGGCCGCUACUUUCUCUUCCGUAAGAGCUUCCAAUGGACUGCCCCCACAGAAAUUGGCGAGUUCCCUGUCCACGUCUCGGCAGACAGUCGCUAUCGGCUCUUUGUGAAUGGUCAACGUGCGAGCUUUGGUCCCUGCAAGAGCUAUGCGGAGAAGUGGCACUAUGAAACCGUCGAUAUCCUCCCGUACUUGAAGGAGGGAGAGAAUGUGAUUAGUGCUCGCGUCCUACGGUAUUCUCCUGUUGAACCUGGCUCGUCGUCUAUUAUCCGGACAGAACUGCCAGGAUUGAUGGUGCAUGGCGAGAUCGAGGGUCUGUCCGUAUCAACCAACGAGUCAUGGAGAUGUGUGGAGGAAACCAGUCGACAGAUCAUUCCUUACUCCGAGUGGAACUAUAUUCUCGGUCCUCCGUUCCUCUCCAACCACGAGAGGACAGCAGAAGCUCAGGAACUCACCGGAUGGGAGCUGCCUGGAUAUGACGAUUCGAAGUGGGAGAACGCUAUUUUCCCUUUCCGCCCGGCCAAGAUGCUUCCAAUGACGAGUCCUUGGAAAUUGGCUCCGCGUCCCAUUCCUGCACUGCCCGAGACGUUUGGACGAUUCGAUGGAGUGGUCAAAUGCGAAGGGUCGAUCACUCAGGAUCAGUGGAAGGGCUUUGUCAGGGAGGAUGGUUCCGUUAUUGUCCCAGCCGGUGAGACAGUCACCGUCGACAUUGAAGUUAAUUCUUUGACAACGGGCUUCAUUACCCUUCAGUGCAGUGGUGGAAAGGGCUCAGAGGUGACACUUCAUUACGCCGAGUGCUACGAGAAAGAUCUCGGAGUGGAAGUCGCUCCAUUCCCAAAGCCUCGAUCGAAGUCUAAUCGAGCCGACUCCAGCGGCCGGUUGUAUGGAAUCAAGGACAUUUACCUCGUGGCUGAUGGCCAGCCGGAGCACACAUUCGAGCCUUUCUGGUUCAGGACAUUCCGAUAUGUUCAACUCAAAAUUACGGCCGCCGAACAACCACUCACUCUUCGGAGCUUUACUCUCCGCGAGACAAACUAUCCACUCGAAAUCACAACUGAAGUUCAAGCUGGCGCGGAACUGGACAAGAUCUGGAACAUCAGUCUAAGAACUCUGCAAAAUUGUCGUCAUGAAACCUACGAGGACUGUCCAUUCUACGAGCAGAACCAGUUUGUAUCAGACUCACGCCUGCAGAUGCUCUUCACUUACCAACUUUCCUCUGAUGAUCGGCUCGCCCGCAAGACUCUGCAGGAGUACCACGCCAGCCAGGGCCCCGAUGGAUUGAUUAAAGCCCAGUUCCCUGCCGGGUUCCGCAGCACCCAAAUUCCUCAAUUCUCUCUGUACUUUGUCGCGAUGGUGUACGACCAUAUGCAUUAUUUCGCCGAUACCUCCGUUGCGCGUCAGUACUUGAGCACCAUUGAUGGCAUUCUGAACCAUUUCGAUGGACGACUUAAUGAGCUUGGCCUUGUUGGCCGCUUCGAUCAUGAUACUUGGCCAUUCAUCGACUGGGUGCCGGAAUGGUCUCCACCUGGACCUGGAAGGAUCUUCGAGUCAUGCAUGCCGCGGGCAUACAACACCACCGGGGCUGCCACCUUCAACAGUCUCCUAUACAUUGUCGCGCUGAUGCAAGCUGCUGAAGUAUGCACUUUUGUGGGGAGAAAGGAUACCGCACAAGAGUAUACUGCUCGUGCGGAUACUCUGCGGAACGCUGUGAACAGUCAUUGCUACGAAGACGGGCUUUAUCUGGACGGCCCUUCGACCAAAGAAUAUAGCCAGCACAGCCAGGUCUUUGCCAUUCUAUCUGACAGCAUCACCGGGACCGCAGCCAAGGAGCUCAUGGCCCGGACAUUAGAAGACACAUCAUUGGCAAAGUGCUCUUAUUCGAUGAAAUUCUACCUCUUCCGUGCUGUUGAGAAAGUCGGGUUGUACACACAGUCGUUCUCCAAUCUGAUUGACCCGUGGAGAAGUAUGAUUGCAGAUAACCUAACCACAUGGGCUGAGUUUGAGCAGAAUGCUCGAAGUGAUUGCCACGGCUGGAGCGCAAGUCCAGUGCACGAAAUCGUCACUCAGGUAUUCGGCAUCUCGCCCGCGCUACCCGGAUUCAAGAAGAUUCGCAUUGCGCCUCAAAUGGGGCUUUUGGAGUCUGCCCAAGGAACGUUCUUUACUCCGGUGGGAGACGUUUCGGUAUCCUGGACAAAGGACGGAACCCUAGAGUUGAAGGCUACUGCAGAUGUUGAAGUGGAACUUGUGCUUGAUGGGAUCUCGUCAGACCAGCAACUAGAAAAGGGCAAGGCGAUUGCUUUCCCUCGGAAGACAAUCCGAUGCUAA